AUGGAUUCUAAAUUCAAUGCUGUCUCCAGGCAAUGUUUCUACCCGGAGGCCGACGAUGACUUCGAGCUCGAAGAAUACUUAGGCCGAUGGUACCAAGUAGCAGGGACCAGAGCUCCGUUUACUGCAGGCUGCUCUUGCAUCUAUGCCGAAUAUGCACUCAACGACAAUGGUACCGUCAAUGUAUUCAACGGCUGCCAAGUGGGAAAUCAGAGCAUCACCAUCCAAGGCACAGCUUCCCCAGCAGAUGAGAUCUACGGAGACGAGGGCGUGUUCAGAGUCCAAUUCCCUGGCCAGCCUCCUGCAGAGUGUCCCGGUCCGAAUUAUAUCGUUCAAUAUUAUGAAGAUGAUUGGGCCAUCGUUCAGACUUCCAAUUUCUCAACCUUGUUUUUGCUUAGCAGAGAGCAGAAUCCUUCUGAGGCUGAUAUUGAC